UUUGUAAAUAUAUCGUCUAUCAUUCAUUUUGAUCAUUCUGUCUCGUUCUGGUUCUUAAAUUAGGGCUACGUUUCGUUCCCAAAAUUCAAUCUGUCUCUCAAAAACUCGAUCUUUCUCUCCAGGGUUACGUUAUGCAACCUGCAACAACACCGCUAAUGGACCCUCAGUACCAGCAACAACAGUGGAUGAUGAUGAAUCAACAACAACCACAACCACCGCAACAACAGUUCCAGCAACAACCACCGUUACAGCAAAUGUAUAAUUACAACCAGCAACCACCACCGGCUGCCACAAUUCCGCCUCAGUACACGGGACAGGCGGUAGCACCGGUUGGUGGUGCGACUCCUCAACCAGCUAGCGCCGAUGAGAUCCGUACGCUAUGGAUCGGCGAUCUACAGUAUUGGAUGGAUGAACAGUAUCUCCUUAGCUGUUUUGCUCAGACUGGCGAGGUGGUUUCUGCAAAAGUCAUACGUAACAAGCAUUCUGGUCAAUCUGAGGGUUAUGGUUUCAUUGAGUUUGUAAACCGAGCUGGUGCUGAAAGGCAUCUACAGGCAUAUAAUGGUACUUUAAUGCCCAAUGUGGAGCAACUCUUCAGGUUGAACUGGGCUACAUUUGGUGCUGGUGAAAAAAGACAAGAUGAUACCCCUGAUUACACUAUCUUUGUUGGGGAUUUGGCAGCAGAUGUUACAGAUUACACAUUGCAGGAGACAUUUAGGGCUCAUUACCCUUCUGUUAAGGGUGCAAAAGUUGUAACUGAUCGGCUCACAGGGCGCACAAAAGGUUAUGGCUUUGUGAAAUUUGGAGAUGAGAGUGAGCAAAUACGUGCCAUGACUGAAAUGAAUGGAAGAUUAUGUUCAACCAGACCAAUGCGAAUUGGGCCAGCUGCUAACAAAAAGAGUGUGGGAAGUCAACAAUAUCCAAAAGGGCAUCAAGAGGCUCUAUCAUAUAAAGGGUCGGGCAAUGAUUUCAGCAGAAAUUGUUACCCUAUAGUGGCUUCAUACCCAAAUUCUCAAGGAACACAGAAUGAUGACGAUCCAAAUAAUACAACUAUUUUUGUUGGUGGUUUGGAUCCUAAUGUAACAGAUGAACAUCUGAGGCAGGUGUUCAGCCAAUAUGGACAAUUAGUCCAUGUGAAGAUCCCGUUAGGCAAACGAUGUGGAUUUGUUCAAUUUGCUGACAGAAGCUGUGCUGAGGAAGCUUUACGGAUGCUCCAAGGAACUCAAUUUGGUGGACAAACAGUGAGACUUUCGUGGGGCCGUAGUCCUUCAAACAAACAGCCUCAGGUAGAGCAAAGCCAAUACAAUGGUGGGUACUAUGGAUAUGGACAAGGAUAUGAAACUUACGGAUAUGCCCCUGUUGCUCAAGAUCCCACCAUGUACUAUGGUGGAUACCCCGGAUACGCCGCCUACCCACACCUCCAACAACAGCCACAACCAUCCCAACAACAGUGACUGAUAUGGUCGGCUCUUGGAUAUUAUGCUAUGCUGGAAAUGAAGAAUUCCGGGUUUUUAUUUGCUACUAUAUUCUAUAGUAAAUUAUCUAUAUCACAUAUAUAUAUUUUUAUUCUUGGUAUUUCUGUUUGUUUGUUUGUUCAUCCCCUGAGGCUUUUCUUCUAGCUACUUUCUGAGUUUGAUAUAGCCAUUUGACUCUUACCAAAUGUUGACAACAUGAGAUUGAAUGAAUGUCUCCUUUGUUGCAAUAUGAGCCUGGUCUUUUCAGAAUUUAAUGUUUUUAUUUUUAUUUAAAUUGUAUUGUGGUUUCUUAGCUUCAUAAUGCAUGUGCAUGGUUUAUGCCAGAUUAUUUCAUCAUUGCAGUG